GCCAAGCCAGUCUUUUUACAUGGCAGACUUCUCACAAAAGGAAAUCUGGGAUUUAUCAUUUCUUUAGUAAAUGUGUGGAAAAUAACACAGUCUGUUAUUUUGCAACAAGGGGAGUUCUGUGGAGCCCCUUUCUCCUGUCUGCUCCUCCACAUAACCAGGAUUAGAUCUUUUUAUGUCGUGAUUAUGAGAUACAGAGGGACCCUCCUCAUGGUAAAGACCAGUUCUCUGAAAACCUGGCCCCUCAGCACGGUCCCUGUUUAGAGCCUCUGAGGAGCGGGACCCGGGUUUUGCGGACCCGGAGUGGAGCGGGUCCGGGUUUUGCGGACCCGGGUUUUGCGGACCCGGGUGGAGCGGGUCCGGGUUUUGCGGACUGUGGCGGUGGAGCCAGAGGGCGGCGGUACUCCCACCAGAGGGCUCCUGAAAGCCUGAAGAAGAAGGCGGGCCAGGGGGCCGUCUUAGCCCGGAUCAGCAGCUUGUCCGCGUCGGGCCCACACCAUGAACAUGCUCCGUGCUGGCCUCUCCCGGGCUCUGCCCCAGCUCACCGGGCCCUGCGCCCGCCACCUGUCCGCCGCCGCGCUGCCCCUGCCCAGCGGCCAGCCCCAGGUCCACUACGACAAGUUGUUCAUAAACAAUGAGUGGCAGGACGCACAGAGCGGGAAGACCUUCCCAACCAUCAACCCAGCCACGGGGGAAGUCAUCUGUCAGGUAGCAGAGGCUAAUGAGGUGGAUGUGGAGAAGGCAGUGAAGGCAGCCCGGGAUGCCUUCAGGCUGGGCUCGCCCUGGCGGCGGAUGGAUGCCUCCCACCGCGGCCUGCUGCUGCACAGACUGGCUGAUGCCAUUGAGCGGGAUGCUGCCUACCUUGCUGAGCUGGAGACUCUGGACAAUGGGAAGCCCUAUGCAGUUUCCUAUGCUGUGGACAUACCUACUGUGGUUAAAUGUCUAAGGUACUAUGGAGGCUGGGCUGAUAAGUGGGAGGGGAAGACCAUCCCCAUUGACGGAGAUUAUUUCUGCUACACCAGACAUGAGCCGGUUGGAGUCUGCGGGCAGAUAAUACCGUGGAACUUCCCUCUUUUGAUGCAAGCCUGGAAGCUGGGGCCAGCCCUGGCCACUGGGAACACGGUGGUGAUGAAAGUCGCAGAGCAGACCCCGCUCACAGCGCUCUAUGUAGCCAGCCUGAUCAAAGAGGUAGGUUUUCCUGAAGGUGUGGUGAACAUCUUACCUGGAAUGGGGCCAUCAGCUGGUGCAGCCAUUGCCAGACACAUGGAUGUUGACAAGGUGGCCUUCACCGGGUCCACAGAGGUGGGUCAUCUCAUCCAGCAGGCUGCAGGCCUCAGUAACCUGAAGAAAGUCACCUUGGAGCUGGGAGGGAAGAGCCCAAAUAUCAUUCUGUCUGAUGCCAACAUGGAAGACGCCGUGGAACAGUCCCACUUCGCUCUGUUUUUCAACCAAGGCCAGUGCUGCUGUGCCGGCUCUCGAACCUACGUCCAGGCGGACAUCUACGAUGAGUUUGUGGAGCGCAGUGUUGAGCGCGCCAAGAGGAGAGUGGUGGGAAACCCGUUUGACCUGAAGACCGAGCAGGGCCCUCAGGUAACACCAGCCCCCACUGAAAAGAUCCUGGAGUCCUCAGACUUUGGCACGCCCCCCUGUGUUACACCCUGCUCCCCUCUGGCCAUGCAGGUAGACCAGGAACAGUUCAACAAGAUUCUGGGAUACAUCAGCAGUGGGAAGAGAGAGGGCGCCAAGCUGAUGUGUGGAGGCGGAGUGGCUGCAGACAGAGGAUACUUCAUCCAGCCCACCGUGUUCGGAGAUGUCCAGGACAACAUGACCAUAGCCAGGGAGGAGAUCUUUGGUCCAGUGAUGCAGAUCUUAAAGUUCAAAACAUUGGAGGAGGUGGUAACAAGAGCCAACGACACCAAGUACGGACUGGCAGCUGCUGUUUUUACCAAGGACAUCGAUAAAGCCAACUAUGUGUCCAAUGGGCUCCGGGCUGGCACCGUCUGGGUAAACUGCUACGACGUGUUUGGUGCUCAGGCUCCAUUUGGAGGGUACAAGGCCUCAGGGAAUGGCAGAGAGCUGGGGGAGUACGGCCUGGAGAACUACACCGAAGUUAAAACGGUGACCAUCAAGGUGCCACAGAAGAACUCUUAGGUGUUGAUCAGGGCCUGCCCUCCUGACUGCUGCUCCCAGGAGGCUUCUGCGAUGAGCCCCAUUGUGAUUUGGAUCUUCUGAUUGUUCAGAAUAAUUCUGCCAUUUCCUCAUCAAUUGCACAAUGCAGACUGCUCUAUAAAGUUUUUUUAGGCAUUGAAAAUGCAAAAAACGAUUAACAUCCAGAAUGAUGAAAGCUGGGUCCUUUAGAGCUGGCUGAAAUGCUUUCUCUGGAGGUCUGAAUCUUUUUUUAGAAGAUGCCUCUGUGCUCCACUAGAGGACAAAUCAACAGCCUGUAGUCUCUAAGCUUUGUUUUUCAGCUUCCUAAAAUUUCCUAAUAAAUGCAUUUAAGAAACUCUGCAUCCUGAUAUCUUGUUUUCCAAAUUAUUUCUUCUCUUCUAGAUGCAUUUGUAUCUUUUGGAUGGAUGUUCCCUUCUCUAACAGUUCCCUCAAACCCCUUUAUUUUGGAAUUUGUUUUGGCAUUAAAAAUGUAAAGGUAGAUA